GAGAAUGGCUGGUUUCACGGUAGCUCUGGCUCUGAUAGUGAUAGUGGCGACAAUAGCUAUUCGAGUUGAUGGACAUGAGUUCUCCCAUCACCAGGAAGUUAAAAUACGCAAUCAUUUGAAGAGACUCAACAAGCCUGCUGUCAAAUCCAUUAUGAGUGAAGAUGGAGAUGUAAUAGAUUGUGUUCCUAUAACCAACCAACCAGCUUUUGAUCAUCCUUUACUUAAACACCAUACCAUCCAGAUGAGACCGAGUUUCAGCCCUGAAAGUGAUUCUACGUUCACCAAGAAAGAGGCAAAUAUUAUAGCCCAGAUUUGGAACAAGGCGGGAGAGUGUCCUGCUAACACUGUUCCCAUCAGAAGAACAAAGAAAGAAGAUCUCUUAAGACCUAAAUCCAUGAAGAGAUUUGGGAGAAAACCUCAUCAUAGUAUCCCAAGAACUACAACCUUUGACCCAACAAAAGGUCAUCAGUACGCAAUAAUGACUGCGAGGAACGAAACGUUUUAUGGGACAGAAGUUAUAAUAAAUCUAUGGAAACCAUAUGUCCAAGUUCCUGACGAGUUUAGCUUGGCUCAGACGUGGAUUGUGUCCGGAUCCGGCUCUAGUCUUAACACCAUUGAAGCUGGUUGGCAGGUUUAUCCAGAACUAUAUGAUGAUAACAAUCCUAGAUUCUUUGUUUACUGGACGCGUGAUGGGUAUAGAACAACAGGGUGCUACAAUCUUCUCUGCUCCGGUUUUGUUCAGACAAGCAAUCGAAUUUCAGUAGGUGGAGCUUACAACAUCGUGUCACGCUACGGUGGAACUCAGUACGAAAUAUCCAUACUUAUAUUCAAGGACCGAAAAACCGGAAACUGGUGGCUAAGCCUUGGCAAAGACAUCAUCGGUUACUGGCCUGGCUCGUUGUUCACUUCACUAGGAGAUGGAGCUACAAGAGUUGAAUGGGGAGGUGAAAUCGUAAACUUGGAGACUGGUGGGAAACACACGACCACGGAUAUGGGAAGUGGGCAUUUUGCAGAUGGAGGUUUUAAGAAAGCGAGCUAUGUCAGGAAUGUCCAGAUAGUUGAUGGAACUAAUACUCUGAGAGAACCAAAGAAUCUUUACUACUUUGCUGAUAAACAUAACUGUUACAAUGUGAAGACAGGAAAUCUUGGAACUUCUUCGGGGAUUAGUUUCUUCUAUGGUGGUCCGGGUCGUAACGUUAAGUGUCCUUGAAUUAUAUGUGUUCAAAAGCUUUUGGGGAUUUCACAUAUCUAUAUAUUUAAAAUAAGAUAUGUUAAUUUGCUCGUGUGUGUGUGUGUAUAUGUGAGUGUGCUU